AUGAAGUCAUUUCUUGCUGGCCUCACCCUGGUUGCCUCGGCCCUUGCCGGGAGCCGUACAUCAGCUCCGUCUGGCUGUAUCACUGUCGCUAGCAGCGGUGGUGACUUCACAAGCAUCCAGAAGGCAGUGAACUCCCUUUCGACUUCGUCCAGCACCGCACAGUGCAUCUUCAUUGGUGCUGGCACCUAUAAGGAGCAGGUCCUCAUCAGCUCCCGCAAGGCUCAACUGACCAUCUACGGUUACACUGCGGACACAUCCAGCUACAGUGGCAACAAAGUCACUAUUACAUCAAGCAAGAGCCAGGCCGACGGACUUUCCAAUGACGAGACUGCUACCCUUCGCGUCAAGGCUGCCAACUUCAAAUUGUACAAUGUGAAUGUCAACAACGGUUACGGCAAAGGGAGCCAGGCUGUUGCCCUGAGCGCUUAUGCCGACAGCGGCUACUACGGGUGCUCUUUCACUGGAUUCCAGGAUACCGUCCUUGCUCAGUCUGGUUACCAGCUUUAUUCCCACUCCCUGAUCCAGGGUGCUACCGACUUUAUUUUCGGCCAGCAGGCCGCGGCUUGGUUCGAGUCAUGUGAUAUUCGUGUGCUGGCUGCAUCGAUUGGUUACGUUACUGCCAGCGGCCGCUCUUCUUCAAGCAGUUCAUCAUACUAUGUCUUCAACAACUGCAAUGUUGCUGCCGCUUCUGGUAACAGCGUAUCGGCUGGUGCUUACUACCUCGGCCGUCCUUGGGGAGCUUACGCCCGCGUCGCAUUCCAGAACUCGGCUCUCAGCUCUGUUAUCAACUCCGCGGGCUGGCACGUCUGGAACAGCGGCGACGAGCGCACUAGCAAUGUGGCCUUUGGCGAGUACAAGAACUCCGGCGAUGGUGCAAAGGGUACCCGCGCGAGUUUCUCCAAAACCUUGAGCUCGGCUGUUUCUAUCUCGAGCAUCUUGGGAAGCAGCUAUAGCAGUGCUGGCUACUAUGAUAACAGCUACAUGUAA